UGGAUAACGUCUCCUUUCGACCUGCAGCACAGACUCAUUUCUCCACACACCAGCUCUGAGUGGAUGCUCAGAAGGGGUGUUUGAGAUAUUAGGGCGCUGUGGGGGGGGAAACGGCCCAGGGACCUCUGUCAUCCUCACACUCAAAGAGCCGGCAGUCCGGAGGAAUAUGGGCAAAUCGGAAAGUCAAAUGGACAUCAUGGAGAAAUCAGGUAAACCUGGGAAGCGUCGCUGGACUGUCGCAGAAAUCAGUCUGUCCAUUCUGCUGCUGUUGGUCAGCUGUGCCUUGGCUGGGCUGGUCGUCCUCUACACAUCAGCUGUGAAAGAGCAAUCUAACAGGCCCAGCGUGUCAAAGAGCUCAACACGAGAAGGCCAGCUGUUUCGCUCUGAUCACAACAAUGUGUGCACAACUGCGGACUGUGUUAGUGCAGCUGCUUGGCUCUUGCAGAAUAUGGAUAAGUCUGUGAAGCCUUGUGAUAAUUUCUACCAGUACGCCUGCGGGGGAUGGCUGGAGCGCCAUGUCAUCCCAGAGACCAGCUCCCAUCACAGUGUCAUUGACAUUCUGAGGGACAAGCUGGAGAUUGUCCUCAAAGGUGUUCUGGAGACGGAGAGCGAGCAGGACAGGGACGCUGUCAAAAAAGCCAAAGUCCUUUACAGCUCCUGCAUGAAUGAGAGCCUGAUAGAGCAGCGUGACUCCCAGCCCCUCCUCAGGCUCAUUGAGAGUAUUGGAGACUGGCCAGUGGCGUCUGAUGACUGGAACACCACCACAGGGGAAACGUGGAGCCUCGAGGACACACUGGCCACGCUUACUGCUCGCUACCACAAGAAGGUUCUGCUGGACAUGAAUGUGUGGACAGAUGACCAGGACUCUCGGCGUCACAUCAUUUGUAUUGACCAACCAGGACUUGGAAUGCCGUCGAGAGACUAUUACUUUAAUGAUGGAAACUACAAAAAGGUUCGAGAGGCCUACCUCCACUUCAUGUUUUCCAUUGCCAAGAUAACUCGAGAGGACAGGAACUUGACCCAGGACGACGAGCACGUGUGGGAGGAGAUGAUGCAAGUGCUGGAGCUGGAGACCGACAUCGCUAAUGCCACAUCGCCCGUAGAAGAGCGCCAGGACGUCACCGUUCUCUACAACAAGAUGACGCUUGGUGAACUGCAAAGCACGUUCAGCUUCAAUGGUUUUAACUGGACACAGUUUAUUCAGGGUGUGCUGUCGAGUGUCUCCGUUGAGGUCAAGCUAGAGGAGGAAGUGGUGGUGUACAGCUCUCCUUACCUGGAGAAGAUGAACGAUGUUCUCUCCAGACACAGUGUCAGAACUAUGCAGAACUACCUCACCUGGCAGCUCAUCAUUGACAGAGUCAACAGCCUGAGCCGCCGCUUCAAAGAUACCAGAGCCCGUUACAGGAAGACUCUCUUUGGAACCACCGUGGAAGACGCUUGGUGGCGAGAAUGUGUCCGUUACGUCCAGAACAGCAUGGAGAACGCGGUUGGAGCUCUGUACGUGCGCGAGACCUUUGCCGGAGAAAGCAAACAAAUGGUCAGUGACCUCAUUAGUAAGAUCCAGGAAGCUUAUGUGGAAACGCUGGAAGAGCUCAGCUGGAUGGAUACUCCCUCGAAAGAGAAAGCAAGAGAGAAGGCAAUGGCGAUCAAGGAGCACAUAGGUUACCCAGAUCACAUUCUACAGGGAAGCAACCUGAAACUUGACCAAGAAUACGCUCACCUGAACUUUAGUGAAGAACACUAUUUUGAGAACAUCCUGGAGAACCUCAAGUCAGAAGCACACAAGAGUCUCAAGAGGCUCAGAGAGCCGGUGGAUCCAGACUUGUGGAUCAUCGGUGCCACCGUGGUGAAUGCAUUUUAUAUACCCAACAGAAACCAGAUAGUGUUUCCUGCAGGGAUCCUGCAGCCACCGUUCUUCAGUAAACAUCAGCACCAGGCCCUUAACUUUGGGGGAAUCGGAAUGGUCAUCGGACACGAGAUCACACACGGCUUUGACGACAACGGUCGUAAUUUUGACAAGGACGGCAACAUGCUAAACUGGUGGAGCAAUUACUCCGCUGAGCAUUUUAAAGAGCAGUCGCAGUGCAUGGUGCAACAAUACGGCAACUUCAACUGGAAGCUCGCAGGUGGACAAAACGUGAGUGGAAUCAGCACUUUGGGGGAGAACAUUGCAGACAAUGGAGGCGUUCGUCAGGCGUAUAAGGCUUAUCUUAAGUGGGUGGAGAUGGUGGGUGAGGAGCCUCUUCUACCGGGUCUGGACUUGGAUCACAGGCAACUUUUCUUUCUCAACUUUGCCCAAGUUUGGUGCGGUGCUUAUCGGCCUGAAUAUGCCAGCCAGUCCAUCAAAACUGACUCUCACAGUCCCUUGGAAUACAGGGUGCUCGGAUCGCUGCAGAAUUUUGAAGCGUUUUCAGAAGCUUUCCAGUGUCAAAAAGGCAGCCCGAUGAACCCCGAGCUGAAGUGUCGCGUUUGGUAGGAAGAGUUCAGAGUUCUGCUUUUAAAACCCUCUGAGGCUAUAUCGUAGAUGGAUGAGAAACGAAGGGGAAUGUGCCGUCUACUAAAAACAAAAAAACAAAAAAAAAACUUGCUUGGACAUGCUCUCAAGUUUGACACGUUGUCUCCGAAUGAGGUCACUUCUUAUUCUUAUUUUUGUGUCCCACACACAGGUGACGAGUGGGUACACGAGUGACGAGGCAGCCAGUGAAUUAUUCACUAAACUUGGUGUUCAGAUUCAGAUGUUAGAUCUUUGUUCAGACCCAACAUCAGACACUGAGCUGCUUUUUUUUCCACUGAUGAAUAGUUUUUCAGACACCAAGAGAACGGUGGACUAAUCGGAGUGAGUUUGAGUAUGAAAUAAGCUUCUGCUGAAGUAAACCUACAAGAGAAUUAGUCACACUUGAGGAGUUUGGUUAUUCACUGUUACAUGAAACAAAUUACCUUAAGACUUUAAGACUGUUAAAUCUGUGCAGCUUUAACCUGAACAUUCACAAACUGAGAGCACUGUGGCUUUCCACGUUUCUACUCUUAAGACGGAAUACACAUUUGAAGUUUCACAAAGGUAUUUAGUCAUUUUCCUGUUUCAUCACAUUCCGAACUCGACUGUCGCUUGAUCCCCCCCCCACUGCAGUAACGUAUAUGUUAUGGUUACAUUUUGAGAAACACCACUUUUUAACCCAGCACUUUUGUUUUCUUUUUCUUUUUGUAGAAGUUAGAGUCACAUGAUGACAAAAACCCGCGUAUAUAAUCACUUUAUUGCGUCACUGUUUACUGACGUUGUCCGAGUUUGAUGCGGGGCGUAGGUCGACUUACUUACUUACUUACUUACUUAUUGUAGGCUGUUAAUCAGCUGUGUCGUGUCGUGUCUUUGAAGCUCACAUAUUUUCUGCUUCACACAUUCCACCUUUUAUGGAUUUUUAGAGGCUGGGCUGAGCUGUGGCUAUAAAAAAAAAAAAAAGAAGAAGUAAAAACUAUAAAUGUGCCACUGACAGUCUUACAAUUACUCAGAAUGAUAAUAUCCUUCUUGUAUAAUAUGAGUGUUCUACAUUUAACCCCCAAAGUGUGAUCAUUUUGUGGAACAAGCUAGUCUUUGCAGCACGGCCUCCCGAGAAGAGAUGUGAACAGUUGAUUAUGAGACUUUUAUCGUUGGGGACACAGCCAAUUAUACACUAAGGGCAAGGGAAAAGAAAACCCCCUCAGAGACGCUCAGACAGGGACAGGCAGUAGAUGAAGUGGUUUGCCUUCUGAUCUCGCAUUGAUCAGUGCUACCUAAGAUGAAAGGGUGAAAUGCAAUGCGCUGAAGCGCGGUGACCGCUGCAGCCAGAACCCGCAGGCGUACACGGUGAAGAAUAGAGCUCGUCAUUAAAGAGAUGGCCAGGGCCAGGACUGUUAUUUUCUACCUUUUAUUAACAUGUAAUGACAGGAGAAUCAAAGCUGAACAGAAAUCAUACGAGAUGAUGGGUGCACUGCCUGCGAGUGGCUGCCAUUUUUUGUUGUUCUGAAUAGGGGCUUUUGUAACGCAGCAGGAAGAGGAGACAAUACACAGAGAAUUUGAGUGUUCUCUCGUUGGCCACAUUCAGAUUGCCUGGGACUGUUAGGUGAACUGAAUGUGCAUAUUGGAAGCUUUAUAGUGUUUAGUCUUUGCAUAUCCUCACACAGAAACGGUCGUGUUUGGCAGGGGAAAGAAACACCAUUUCACUCAUAACGUAUAUGGAUAUUUGUGCUGCCAACCGAAAAGUAAAUGUUAACAAUUUUGGAGGGAGAAAUAUCUCUGACAGUAGCGUGACACAGAUUAUACCACUAUUAACAUCUUAACAAACGAUUUAAAUGCCAAAGUUUUAUAUUACAUUGGGCCAAUAACUUAUUUUACACAUUAGACAUUCCAUUUUUCAUUUUCAUUUUUCAGUAUUUAGGGCCAAAUUGAAGAGAUAUUUAAUGUUGCCAGAAUAAAUUCGUAAUAUUAUAAAUAUCUUUAUUCUCAUAAUAUUACAACUUUAUUC